AUCAGCGGAAACAAAUAUGCUAGAGAACUUUGGCAAUACUGCCAAGGAAAUGAAUGUAAAUAUUGGAUUGUUUAGUGUAUGAAUGGGGUACACACAAUGGCAGAAGCAUUAUUAUUUGAUAUUUUGGAUAAUCGUGUUGACCUGGAACGUUUUUGUGAAUGGAUGUCAGGCAAGGAAAAUAAGAAUAUUAGUAAAUCCCUGAGCAGGGCCGAUUUUGUACUACAUACACUCAACCACAUACAAGAAAAUGCAAGCAAGUUUAUCAUUUUAUCUUCUACAUCGGGAAAAGAAAAAGAUGUUAGUGGUACACCAGAGCAGAAGAAACCGGUAGAAAACAGUGCAAAAACGCCAGAAAAUGAAUUAAUAUCUAAUCAUAGGAAGCCAUUUCAAGUCAUUAACAGGGUAACACCACAGUCAGCUGCUCAACCAUUUUCAAGGUUAUUGAACCACGGAAAUGAUACCCGGAGGGAAAUGCUCAACUCCUCAAUCAAUUAUGAGACGAGAAACAUAACUACCUCAACUCCCGUACAUCCUCACAGAAGGAACAGUGGAAGGGACCAGUUCCCGACUUCACCUCGAAGCACCUGCAGUUCACUCCAUUCUGACCACAGCUCCAUUUCGCAUACUCCUCGCUCAAACAAGAGCUCAGCGAAUAAGUUCAACAGUUCCAACGGUUCUCACAAGUUCUCGCCCCAGUCCAACUCUCCCUCUUUCAGCCCUACUUCCCCCCAAUAUGUGGAAUCGUUCCCGGACUUGGGUACCAAAGGACGCUCACGCACCCCUCACUCUCCAUGUCUUGCCGACUUCAUUGUCACCAAGCCAAACUCACAAAAGAGUCGAAAGAGAAUCAAACCUACGCAGCUGACAUCAGAUGCUGAUGUAGGCUCAUCAAACGAUUCCAAACAGUCAAACAAAAAUUUUGGAGUUGUAAAUCGUCCAUUUGUUCCCCUCACUUCACCCCAACAUUUGCAGACAGAAGUGAAAGAAAAGUCAAACUUUGAAGAGGAACGAAGUUUGUUGAAACAAAAACGAUCAAAUUUUGAAAAUGCUUUACAACCAACCCAGCCAUUGCAAAAUGGCUUGUUAUCAGAAAGUGUUACUGAGUUAAAAGGACUGCUGGUCAGUGUUCAGAAUGAGCAGAUGAUUCCAAAGCAGAUUCUCGCUAGGCCACCUAAUGCUGUUGCAAGUCCAUCAGCUAAUAUUAUUCCUGGUUCGGAGAAUUCAGUGGAACCAGAUCCAAGUAAAAUUGUAUGUGCAGACAAGUUAUUGAGGCUUGCCACAGUGUACAGCGCGUGUUUGGACUCAAAUUUAGUGCCGAAUAUCACCACAGAACUGUACUUCAUUUUCACGCUUUUGACUUUCAGUUACAAGUCUCAGAUCAAAGUCCCGGUGAAUGAAAACCACAAAAAUAAGAUCUGUGAAGUAGCAGCAGACUCUGUCAAAAAGGGUAAACAAAAUAAAGCCUGCAUUGUGCCUUUUCAACAGUUGUGCUUAGACGAAACAAUAAACAAUCCUGCAACGAAUAUUCCUCUAGAAGAAAACUGUCAACUGAAAGAUAAGGAUGGGAUUCAUCAAAAGUCCGUUUUAAGUUCAGCGCAAAAUUGUGUGAUGUUUGCUGCUGUAAUGAUAGAGAAACAGAUACAUUUAGUACAGUACUUGGACAAGAGUGUGAUAAGACUUCUUCUGGAGAACGCAAGAUUGUCUUUGUUCUUACCGCAUUUUAUUCCACAUCUAACACACAUACUAGAAACAAAGGAGGUGACUGAAUCCCGAAGCACAUUGGCAAGGAAGCCUUUGGUUUUAUCGAACCGGCCAGUUUUAUACAACACCGAAACAGAUACCGAAAGUAAUUUCUCCUCGAAAAACAAUUUCUUCUCAUUUAAAAAACAAAGAGAUGGCUUCUACGAGAUUCUUCAUGAAUGGCGGACAAAAAACAAUGACAAUUUUUGGACGUCUAGCAGAUUUCCAAGGAUUGUUACGCGUCUCUUGGAACUCUCGUGUGAUCCAGUGAACAUGAUGCAUCUAGCAAGGCUGUUCUGUGCUCAGUUGACCAGUUCAAGUAGUGAAAAAACCAACAGUGAAUUGGAGCUACCUGGAGUGACAAAGGACAAGCUUUUUCGGCUGGAGGCACGGUUGAGCCAGCCCCAAAUGUCUGCUAGAGGUCCUCGACCUCCCCCCCAGUUCCCUGGGGAACAGCAGUUCUACCAACAAUUCUUGGAGGUAGCAGAGGGCUCCCCCCUCCUGGCCCAUGUUAUCGACUGCCUCUUACACCGAAUCUGUCUCCUCGAUAGCACCUCUUUCUUUGUCGACGGUUUCAAUGAAGAAGAGAGCAAGGUGCAGGUACUGACUUGCGUGUCUGACUGUUGUUUGCUGGCCAAGUUCAUGGGUCUAGCAGUCUUCAUGCCGUACAGAUCAGACACACUGCCACCACCGGAUACACUUCAGGCUCAGGUUCUGGUCAGGCAGAUGGUGACACCUCCCGUGGAUGUAACCACAUUCCUGCAGAGAGCACUGGCCAACAACCGACUGGUGGUCACAGUGCCGUGGGUUGUAGCGUACCUAGGGAUGAUGGACUCCGCUGCCCCACUGCUGUCCUGCUACCGGCAGCCACUCCAGAUGCUGGCGGACCUUUACCUCACCCUCCCUCUUCCGCACAUAACACCCCCCUCCAGUUUGCUGCUGCGGUGUGCACUGGGAUGGCUCUUCGACCCGUCGUUCUUCCCAGAGACUGUGUUCCACUCUCUCGUCACCAGUGGCUCCUCCGUUAAAAGUCUAGACAAGAGCUGUGAACCGCCAAUGGAUGUGGAUGUGAGGGAUGUUGUGGACCAGGCACUGUUGAGUGAAGUAUGUCCAUUUCUGGGAUCCUUCCGGCUACUACUGUCCACCAGUACCGGAGACAAGCGGGGUACAGUCAGACACAUCAGGCCUGUCCCCGCUCACCAUGCUCCUGCUACCGUCAUCACUCCAGUACAGACUGUUGAGAUGGAACUCGAAGAGAGCUUUCUCAGUAGUCAAGCCCCCUCGUUCCGUGCAACGGUAGAGUUUGUAGCUGAGAGAAUCUCUUCUUCCUGUAUCAAGCACAUCUGUAGCAAUGUAAUAGCCCCGUGCAAAGAGGAAGCUUCCACUUUAUGCAACAAGCAGAAAGAGGAGAACAAGAAAUUGAGUAAGAAAGAGGUGCAGACACAGGUGGAAGAGGCAUGUCAGACCACAUUGGCCAGGAUACACACGGCGCUAGAUGACCAUUGUGGACCCCAGGUGGGUCAAGCACUGAGAGUGCUGUUGGGUCCUGAUGCUACCGAUCCAGCCAUUCUCAGUUCUGCUCACAAUAUCUGCGGCCGUCGCUGCAGAGAACGCAUCAUCAACUGGCUGAACUCCCACAUCAAGUUAUCAAAUAUCUUCACGAAAAUAUUUAAUGGACUAGACACUAAACAGAAUGGGGAGCAGACCACAGGCAGGAAGGAUGUGGAACACAAGGACUUGGCUAUGUCUCCACCAGAUCUUCUUAUAGAGUUGCAGGAGAGGCUGUGUCAGUGUAUAGAGAACAGAAACUUGUCAGUAAGUGAGGAACAGGUUUUAGAUCUCAUCGACAAAGUAAUGGAGACGAUAAAACAUCGCAGCGAUCUGGUGCCUCGUGCUGAACAGACUCUCCAUUCCAUCACCGUGGACUAUUGCAUUGUUCUUAUGGCUCACUGUCCCGGUGUGUUGACCACGGAGGUGUUGCACAGGCUGUGUUCCCUGUGGUUAACAUUUGUACCGCAAAGCACUCCACUCGAGAGGGUGUUGUCGAGUCGCAACGUGCUGCUGUUGUGUCAGUCAGGCCCUCAGGUAGCCCAAGCCUCCUGGAGACAACUCUCCCGCCUGUUGGUGCUGCUGCUGAAGGAGGAACUCCUGGCACCAAAGCAACUGGAAGCCCAGUUCGUCGCUCUCUUCCGCAAGGACUGGCCUCCUAUGGUCCACUCUUUGAUGGGGACUUGUUUGUCUUCAAUGCUGGAAUUAAUCCGACAAGACCCGAAGUGCAACAAGAACCCAAAGUUUGUUCUCAUGCUGGAGUGGGCGAACGAGAUGAUGAAUGAAUUGGCAAGAGAUGAUAUUUGUGAAGACUCCUAAAUACUAACCGAUAGUUUAGUAUGCAAUCUUCGUAAAGCUAUAUUUUUAUGUCGGUUUCUCAGAUACACAAGAACAUCAGCAUAUUUGUACUUUUAUACAAUGUAAAGCAAUAACACUAUUUAAGAGAGGGCAUGCCUUAUAGUUACCAGUAUUAUGUUAUACUAUCUCUUAAAUACAGUACAGUGUUACUAUUAUAAGAUCUCAGAAUUUUUUCAGUUUUCUUCAUAAAUAAUGUUUUACAUGUUUUCUUGAACUAAAUUCUUUAAAUGCAUAUUUUAAAACCAUAGUAAAUGAUUUUAUUCUGUAGUCUGUUAUUUAAUUAUUAAUUAGUUAUUAUAUACU